AUGUCUCAAUCACAGGGCUCCCGGCUAGCAAAUAAAGUAGCCAUCGUGACCGGCGGCGGGUCUGGAUUUGGUGCUGCGAUUGCUAUCCGAUAUGCCCAGGAAGGCGCAAAGGUGAUAAUAGGUGACAUAAAUGUCGAGGGAGGCGAAAAGGUAGCUUCCAGCGACCCGUUAAGCAUCACCUUCCAGAAGAUGGACGUCACUAGAUCUGAGGACUGGAAAGCGAUUCUAGACCUUGCGGUGUCGAAGCAUGGAAAAGUAGAUAUACUUGUGAAUAACGCGGGGACAACUUACAGGAACAAGGUAUCCCAUCCUCUCCAUCAACAGGGCCCUUGGAUCCUCAAUAGACAGAUGACGGGUUAUUAA